ACAAAACAACUCACAUUUUUCUCUCUUGCAAGUUUUUCCGAGAAAACAAUGGAACAUUAAACCCUCACUUUCUUUCAUUUUAUUUCUUCCUUCACCUCACAUUUUCUCUCCACAAAAUUUUCCCAAGAAAACAAUAGAAAACCAAAAACCCUCUCUUAAAUAAAAAAAAAAACAUUCUCCCACCUAAACAUGCUCAACACUAACUAACUUCGUCAACUUCACUAUCAUGGACGCGCGUCGACCACCACGCGCCGUCAUUGACCCGAAAGUUCGCACAGUCGGAUUCUUCACUCCACCCGACCCGAUUCAAUUCGACUCCAAUUCCCUCUCUCCCGUCAUGAUCCCUCCGCCGUGUCAUUCCUCGGAAAAUCUCGACCUCCAUUCUCCUCCCUCCGUUACUCCCCCUUCGGGCGAUGAAUCCGUUUCUGUGACCGGAAGCUAUAACGGAAGCUCGUCGGAAUUAUUUCCUGCUCCGAUGUCGCCGGCUCUGUCUCAGAAGAUCGUCGCCGGAGAUGGUGGAGUUGGUGGUGGAAUUGUGGCGUCGUCUUUUCCGCGUGGUGGUGGUGUUCCGGUGUGUAAAUUGACCACGGUUUCUGUGGUCAAUACUGAUUCAUUUGCUUUUGAUGAAAGAGAUAAACCAAACAAAGGAGGAGGGUCCUCAAUGGAAGUGAAAGACCAAGCUAUGAAUUCAAAACAGAAGAAUGAGAAGUCCUCAAAAGCUGAAAGACGUGCUCUCCAAGAAGCUCAGCGAGCUGCAAAGGCUGCUGCAAAAGCUGAAGGAAACAAGGCAACUGGAACUGUGACUUCAGGGAAUUUAAAAUCAGCUAAAGCUACAAAGCCCCCACAAAAAGUUGAUAAUACUUCAGUUGCAGCUUCCGAGAAGAAGGGAGUUGAUCGUCCGUCAGAGAAGGAUAGGAAGAAAGAUGUUCCUCACCCACGCAUGCAAUAUGAUGAUAAGAGCAGAGUGGAGAAAGCUAAACGCCGUGCUGUGGUAAACCACACUGAAUCCAGGAACAGAGUUGAACUAUUCAGACAUUUGCCACAGUAUGAACAUGGGAGUCAGCUUCCUGAUCUUGAAGCGAAGUUUUUCCAGCUUGAACCUGUGCAUCCUUCAGUUUAUAAGGUGGGUUUGCAGUAUCUUUCUGGAGAUAUAUCCGGUGGCAAUGCUCGUUGUAUUGCUAUGCUUCAGGCAUUCCAGGAUGCCAUCAAAGACUACACCGUUCCACCCGAGAAGACUCUAGUUAGAGACCUGACAGCAAAAAUAAGUAGCUAUGUUUCAUUCCUUAUUGAGUGUCGGCCUCUUUCAAUCAGUAUGGGAAAUGCAAUUAGAUUUCUCAAAAGUCAAAUUGCAAAGCUACCUCUGACACUGUCUGAGUCAGAAUCAAAAACUUCUCUUCAAUCAGAUAUUGAGCGUUUCAUAUAUGAGAAGAUUAUACUUGCUGACAAGGUGAUAGUAGAGCAUGCUGUCACAAAAAUAAGAGAUGGUGAUGUUCUUCUUACUUAUGGGUCGUCAUCAGCGGUUGAAAUGAUACUGUUACGUGCACAUGAGUUAGGGAAACAGUUUCAAGUUGUAGUAGUAGACUCUCGGCCAAGUCUUAAAGGGAAACUUUUGCUCCGUAGACUAGUGGAGAAAGGUCUUACUUGUACAUACACUCAUAUAAAUGCUGUUUCCUUCAUAAUGCAUGAAGUUACUCGUGUUUUUCUGGGCGCUUCAUCAGUGCUGUCUAAUGGAACAGUUUAUUCAGGAGUUGGGACUGCAUCUGUUGCAAUGGUUGCUCAUGCAUUCCAUGUCCCUGUUAUAGUUUGUUGUGAGGCUUUUAAAUUUCAUGAAAGGGUUCAGCUUGAUUCAAUAUGCUCAAAUGAACUUGGUGACCCAGAUGUUAUUUCAAAGGUUUCGGGUAGAGGGGAUGUUAACCACUUAGAUGCUUGGGCCAAUGCUGAAAAUCUGCAACUUCUGAAUCUGAUCUAUGAUGCAACACCUUCAGAUUAUGUUUCAAUCAUUGUCACAGAUUAUGGCAUGAUUCCCCCUACAAGUGUUCCUGUUGUUGUAAGGGAGUAUAGCAGAGAACAGGUGUGGAUAUAAUCUCUGUAAACGUGGACCAAUCUCAAUUUUUUGUGCAUGCGAAGUCCCUGUGAAUGUUGUUGUGAUCAUUUUUCUUAUCUUUAAAUAAUGUAAUGUAAUGGGUGGGCAGCUUUGUACUUUUUAUAUUUUGGAUAUUUUUCUGUCAAAGUGAAGAGUGCGGAUCGUCGCCUCUCCAGGCAGAUUUUGGCCAUGCAUUCCGCAGGGUUAGGAGCUCUUUUUUCUUCAGUGCGCUCCAAAUUUUGAUUAGUCAUAGUCACAGAUAGUUAGAGAUAUAAUUCAUGACAAUGUAUUGCAGCAUUUUUUGAUCUAUGCAUCAAUCCCAUCUAGUGGGAAAUUUUGUUGUUGUGUCCA